AUGGCAAUCAUUGAAACAAACACAAAGAGCUCUCUGCAUCUUCGCUGCAACAGCUUACCAUCCACUCCUCACCCUCUAAUAUCACAAUUUGAGGAUAAUUUGCAACGAUUGAAGACUUCGGAAUGUGCCUCUUCAGUGGCAUCACCUUUGAUAUGCAACAAACUUAAUGACAUGCAGGAUUUGCAUGAUUGCAUCAGUAAGUUACUUGAAUUACCAAUUGAACAACAGACCUUAGCACAAGAGUGCAAUGAAAAGUGUGCCGAUGACCUACUAGAAGGAUCACUUAGGAUCUUGGAUAUUUGCAGUAUAGCUAAGGAAUGCCUUUUGCUAUCAAAGGAAAACACACAUGAACUACAGUCACUCAUAAGAAGAAAGAGAGGAAUUGAAACCGGAUUCAAAGCCGAGGGUGUAAAAUACAUGGCUUUGAGGAAGAACAUGAAGAAGCAAAUUCGGAAGGCGUUGGUAAAUUUGAAAGCAAACAAGUUGAUUGCUUCUUCCUCAAACAAUCAAGACAAUAACUCUUCACCUAUGCUUGGAUUCUUGAAAGAAGCAGAAACAGUCACUAUAAGCUCGCUAGAACAUUUGCUGCUAUUUAUCUGUAAUCCAAAAGGACACUCAAACAACAGAAGAUGGUCAGCAAUAUCCAUGUUGAUGCAUUCUAAAAGAGUUGUUUGUGACUCUCAAGAUUCAGACACAAAUCAAUUUGAGAAAGUGGAUGCAGCUUUGUUGUCUCUCAUCAGCCACAAGUCUAUACCUACUGAAAAUUUUCAAAGUUAUUUGGAAGAUUUGAAGAUAUGCAUUCAAGAUCUAGAAAUAGGAGUUGAACAAAUAUCAAGAAAAUUAAUUAGAAAUAGAGUUUCACUUCUUAACAUCUUCAACCACUAA